CGCACCGCGAGCGGGGCGAGCGGCCGCGGUGAGGCGCGAGGGCGGCGCGGGCGCAGCGCCAUGGGGGCCCUGACCAGCCGGCAGCACGCGGGCGUGGAGGAGGUGGACAUCCCGUCCAAUUCCGUGUACCGCUAUCCGCCCAAGUCCGGAAGCUAUUUUGCCAGCCACUUCAUUAUGGGAGGAGAGAAGUUUGACUCCACGCACCCCGAAGGUUACCUAUUUGGAGAGAACAGUGAUCUGAACUUCCUGGGGAACAGGCCGGUAACGUUCCUAAAUGCCGAAGACACCAUGUGGUUUCACGGAAGGAAAAAACCAUGCAGGUCUGGCUCCCUGUUGUCUCAGUUUCCUUAUGCUGCCCCGCCUCCCCAAGAGCCUGUAAAGACUCUGAGAAGCCUGGUCAACAUCCGGAAGGACACGCUAAGACUCGUAAAGUGUGCAGAGGAAGUGAAGACCGCUGGAGAAGAGGCCGGCAGGGCUAAGGUCCACUACAACGUGGAGUUCACCUUCGACACGGACGCCCGGGUGGCCAUCACCAUCUACUAUCAAGCCACGGAAGAGUUCCAGAAUGGGAUUGCCAGCUACAUCCCCAAAGACAACAGCCUACAGUCGGAGACGGUGCACUACAAGCGCGGGGUCUGUCAGCAGUUCUGCCUGCCCUCCCACACCGUGGACCCCUCCGAGUGGGCGGAGGAGGAGCUUGGCUUUGAUCUGGACCGAGAAGUUUACCCUUUAGUGGUCCAUGCCGUGGUGGAUGAAGGAGACGAGUAUUUUGGCCAUUGCCAUGUACUGCUGGGCACUUUCGAAAAGCACACGGAUGGAACUUUCUGCGUCAAGCCCCUCAAACAGAAACAAGUGGUAGAUGGGGUCAGCUACCUCCUUCAGGAGAUCUAUGGAAUCGAAAACAAGUACAACACACAGGAUUCUAAGGCGGCUGAGGAUGAAGUAAGCGAUAACAGUGCUGAGUGUGUGGUGUGUCUCUCAGAUGUCCGGGACACCUUGAUCCUGCCCUGUCGCCACCUCUGCUUGUGUAACACGUGUGCUGACACCCUGCGCUACCAGGCCAACAACUGUCCCAUCUGCCGACUGCCCUUCCGGGCGCUGCUUCAGAUCCGGGCCAUGAGGAAAAAAUUGGGCCCCUUGUCCCCAGCCAGCUUUAACCCCAUCAUCUCGUCCCAGACGUCUGACUCAGAGGAGCAUUCGUCCUCAGAGAACAUUCCACCAGGUUAUGAAGUGGUGUCUCUUCUGGAAGCCCUCAAUGGGCCCCUCACCCCAUCGCCAGCAGCCCCUGCCCUCCACGUGCUUGGGGACGGCCGCCUGUCGGGAACGCUGCCUGCCUACGGCAGCGAGGCCCAUCCGCCCCCCGGCAGGACGCUCCCCCCGCCCGGCCACCUGUCUGACCACAGCAGCCAAGGAAUCAAGCUCAAAAAGAGUCUUUCCAGGUCUGUUUCCCAGAAUUCUUCCGUGUUGCAUGAGGAGGAGGACGAGCGCUCCUGCAGUGAGUCAGAGACCCAGCUCUCCCAGCAGCCGUCAGUGCAGCAUCUGGAAGAGGAAUGCGGGGUAACCCCAGAAAGCGAGAAUCUCACCCUGUCGUCCUCGGGAGCUGUUGACCAGUCGUCUUGUACAGGGACGCCGCUCUCUUCCACCAUCUCCUCCCCAGAAGACCCUGCCAGCAGCAGCCUGGCCCAGUCGGUCAUGUCCAUGGUGUCCUCCCAGAGCCAGCACUCCCAGAUCAGCACUGACACGGUGUCCUCCAUGUCCGGCUCCUACAUCGCCCCUGGCACUGAGGAAGAGGGCGAGGCUCUCCCUUCACCCCAGGCCGCCAGCAGGGCCCCCUCCGAAGAAGGAGAGCAGGUGAUGCUGGGGGCAUCUCCGGACAGCAACUUUGUCGGCCUCACCGCCGAAGAGCUCGACGCAGAGGGCAAUGAUGUUAUAGAGGAAGAGGACGGAUCGCCCACACAGGAAGAUGGCCAGAGGACAUGCGCGUUUCUAGGUACGGAGUGUGGCAAUAACAAUGACUUUGGCACCGCCAGCGUGAAAGCACUGGACAAUAAGCUGUGCCCUGAGGUCUGCUUACCUGGCGCCUGGCAGGCCGAUGACAACAUCGUCAGUCGUCGGAACGCUCAGCGUCGGCGCUUAUCAUCCAGCAGCCUGGAGGACCCCGAGGACAGGCCCUGCGUGUGGGGUCCCUUGGCCGUCUGAGAGCCCCAGCCCGUGCACCUGGGCUCCCUCCUGCCCCACCUUCCAUCCCAGCCUCACUGGGCUGCUGGCCUCCCGGGUGUCCCCCACGAGAGCAUGAAGACUGCAUCCAGGUGAUAGCUGGACGUGGAGGUCUGCCUGCUCCCGCUCCCAGCCCGGUCUCCAUAACCAUGCCCCUUCCCUCCCAGAAGGAUCUGGAAGCCUCCUCUCUCCUCGUGGGCUGGAGCCUCUCAACGAACUGCAGCUCAGGAGACCCUUUGCAGAGACUCUCUGGAACGUCUCCCCCCGGUCUGGAUCUUCAGGAGGAGCCGAGGUCCACAGGCUGCUUGUUUCCCAUCUUUCUCUCCUUCGGGGCGUACCGACAGGACCUAGAGUUUUGGCAGCUUCAUUACAGACACCCGUCUGGCAUAUUCUGGUCUCUGAAACAUCAUAAGCAAUUUGAACCCUCCAUUUGAGGGUGGAGCUGGGGAUGGCUCCUGGGAGAAGGGAAAGCCGUUUUGCACUCAAAGCCAAGUUUCCCUCAAAAAGCUUUAGGAGCUCCUUUGUCAAGGAUGAGAAGCGGUGGCAACCAAAAGGUUGGUUGAGAAAACAGUUCUUGCUUCUGGUCACAGAGCUAGUGUCCUGUGCCUCGUGUGUCCGCUUAGGGAGGAGGCCUUGGAUCUGACAACCCCCCCAGGUACGUGAUCCCCCUUAGGAGGGCCGUUUACGGUCAGGUGCGUUUAUGAAGGCCUGGGAUGCCAUCUUAAGGUGACUUUUCCAAAAAAACCCCCACCUUUUUGGCCCCUUCUACGUACCAGGCACUGUUAGCUGCCCUAUAGUUUCACAUUUCCUCGCUGUACCCCGUCAGGUGGCAUCCUACGCCUGUUGUCCCUGUCUUCGCCCCUUCGUGUUAGUAGUUGAAGAAAUAGGCUGAGGGAGGGGUGGCACAGUGACCCCCACACUGGUGCCCAGGAAUCCCAAAGAAGUGCUGGAGCCCACUGCCGAGCGGAGGCUAGCGGUGAUGGGAGGCCUCCCUGUCCCGCUGGGUUUUCUUCCCUGUUUCCUCCCCUGCCUUCCAGAUCCGCUGAGCCUGGGGCGGGGGAGGUAGUCCUUCCCCAGGCUCUUUAGAGAUUCAGAGAUACUGUUCAAGCCGUGUGCCCCCGACCCCUCCAGGGCCCCAUGUAAGGCGUGUAGACAGAAGUCAGAAACAGCAAGGCCAGGCUGUAAGCUGUUGGGACUUACUCCUUCUCCCUCAGCACCGGUGUUGCCAGUCGGUUCUAGCUGGUUCUUGGACAGAUGUAUUGUUGACUGGCUUUGGGAAAAGGUGGCCUCCUAGCGGAGCGUGAGCUGGGGAAGCCAGGUCAGACACAGCCACUUGUGAGGCCGAGAUGCCGCAGGGCCUUGGGCUCUGCCCGUCGUGACAGCCUGUCUUCAUAUUUGGAGUCGUUACCCUGAAGGAGUUUUUCAGGGCUGCUUCCAACACCCCAAAGAGAGCCCAGUGCCCAGGGAAUCUUCACACCUUCUGUGUGGCUUCUUUGCACUGUCAGGCCUCGUGGUUAUGCCUCAGGUCCUGCCCUGGUUGGGGGAAAGCCUGUUGUCCUAACCUGACGUCAACCAAGCCGGAAUCAAAGCUUCUGUCCUGAAUCCCCAUGUUCCCCUCUCCCUCCGAGGUCCUGCGGGGGACUCUGCUGCUUCAGGCUCCUGCCUUUUCUUUCCUCCAACAUUCCUCCAGCCCCUUUUGUGUUUGAGAUUGGAGCAAUAACCCCACUCCUGAUUUCCUUGAAGUUUAAGCCCCAGGGAAUGGGGAGCGUCCCUUAGCCUGGGGCGGUGGCACACAGCCUCCCCUCCUCUCCUAGCAGGUCAUGUAGUCACGGUGUGGUGUUACCUGAGGUGAAGGAGAUGCAGGUAAACAGUAGCCACGGUGGCCAGGAACCCUGAGAGGAACCCAUUAUCACCCUCUUCUGAGGAGGGCCUGCCUGUGUCCUUCCUCACAGCACAUGCUGGGCCCUCCCCCCAGCAAGAGGCUCACGAGGAUUCUUCAAGGCCUUGGUUCCAUAAUUGAUACAUGCCUGGGUUAGAAAUGGCCCUUUCACUCCUGUUCCUCAGACCAAUCCUCCAUAUCUCUCUCUCUCUCUCUCUCUCUCUCUCUUCUCUUUCCCCUCUUUGUUCUUAUUUGGCUCUUAGGCAAGCAGAAAUAUCCCACCCAAAGUUGCUGGUCGUUAGUCAGCCCGGUCAGGGAAUAGCUGCCAACCCUAUUGCCCCACUGCGUCACCCGGAGACCGUCGUGUUCCGAGCAGCUGACCCAGAGAGAAGGGGCUGGGGCCUGGCUCUUCACUCCAGGGCGCAGACCACCUGGAGGCCUGUGGCUCCUCCCACCAACUCCAGCCCCAGGUCUGAGCUCUCCGCUGGCCUCCAGGUGGUGUGGCCAUCCUGGCCUUUUUUCCUUCCUCACCCAGUUCCACCCACAGAAUUUAUGCCCACGCUGGGGCAUCUCCUGGGCACAGACCCACACACUUCGAGCCGUCUCACCUGGGGAGAGUCGUGUCCUGCCGCCUGACACUGGCAUGCUGGUUCUGCACUUUAGGACCUGCACACCUGGUGUGUGCACGUGUGCGUGUGUACUGUUUGUGCCAUCCGUGUACCCCUCUCACUCACUGGAGUACACUCGUGGGCACGCUACAGUGGGGACAUCAAGGAUGCAAUAUUUAUGGAUUGCUGCAUGAUUCUUAAAAACGAAUAAAACUGUUUACAAGG